UCAACGUUACUGAGUGAGUGAGUGAGUGUGGAAGUGGAAGAGUGUGUAUGAGAGUCGCGCAGAGAGUCAGCGCAGUGGAGGAAAAGUUCGCUGGACGAGUGUCAAACUCGACUCCGUGUCUGUCGGAUGAUAACCGGCCUGGAGCCCUCGUGUGUGGGGCCCUGCGAGUGGAUUACACUGCUCUACUGCAGAUGCAUGUUGGGAGCGAUCAAAACACUAGAACACACAUCGGCACAUCUGGCCAUGUACUGUACGCCGCGACUGUGAACGCGCUAUCAAGGAAAUUCCUCGGCCCUCCACCGUCACCUCCGUGGGUUCUCUAUCGGCAGCUGCAGCAAAACAAUGGAUGCAACGGAACAAGGGGGAUUCCUGGGAGACGCGAUGACCACUGAGAAAAAUCAGACACAUUUGGGAAGUGUAGUGUUUCCUCAGAGAUCUUCUCCAUCCAAUGGAAGCAGACCCUGCAAACAUGCCAGACAUGCAAAUGGAAACCAGGAAGUACGACGGUACUCUGACCAGUCGUUGCGGUCAGGACAGAGGAGCAGCCCUUUCCCACUCUUACACAGGAAGCUGUCAAGUGACAGUGGGAGAGGGACAGUUUUGGACGAGGAACGCGUCUGUUUGGUUUGCAACUUAGAACUAUUACGUACUGAGAGGAAACCUCAUCCAGAGCUGUCUGCCGGCAAGAGGAUUGAAUCAAUAACCAACACAGUUGCUGCAAUACCUGGGAAAAGUUCAGGGGUGUCUCAAUGCCAGCUGGACACAACUGGAGAAGGUGGGGAUGCUGGCAGAAACAGAACUGGCGGCACUUGCUGCUCCUGCACAGUGUCAAGCCUUGACAUGAGUCCAAACACGUCGCCCAGUCCAAGCUCCCACUCCAGCCCUGUUCAAAGUCCUCAGCUCAGCUCCAGGCCCUUAAGACCAGAGCAGCGACACAUCCGCCGCAGAAGCCUCCCUGUGUCCAUGCAGGCUUUCCAAAAGAUGUCACCAUGCCUCUUGUCGCAGUGCAGUCCAUCCAGUGAACCAAGCUCUUUGGUGUCCUCUCCCUGUUGUUCCCCCCAAACCAACCGCAAACACCAGAACGGACGCCUCAGCCGGCACCAUCAAAAAGACGGUUACUCCAGUUUGGAGAGGCUCAACAGGAAGCCCAGGGUUAAAAAGGGUUCACUGGAGAAACUCUUCGUACGACGGGAAUCCCUUGAAACCGUGGCGAGCACCUUGGGUCAUGGUGGGAGGUCACACUCAGGAGGGACCAGGCUUAGCAGCGGGGACAGCAGCAGUGAUGACUGCCCCUUGGACAACACAGAUUUUGUUAGGAACCGCAAAGAGCGCUCCACUGUCCUGGUGAGGCGCUUCUUCAGGAACAAUCAGAAGGUGACCAAAUCGGUGUGUACUGGAACCCGAGCGAUUGUCAGGACGCUGCCUUCAGGAUGCAUUUCAGAACACGUGUGGGAGAAGGUCAUUUACCGCAGGAUAUGGAAACCUACUAAGGAGGAUAUGUGGCCAAUUUUAACGCGCGGUAUGGGAGAAGACUUCAGAAUCUGCAGGGGGAUGCUGCGCUUUGUUCGGGUUAAGCCAGAACAGGUUACCAGCUGUGUGCAGGAGAGAGAGGACAUCAACCUGAUUCAUCCUGCCAAGAAGCUCCUGCUGGCUCUUCAUGGAUGUGUGUGUCUCAGGGCGUCUCACUGGCUGGUACACGCCGUCAGCGACAGUCCAGCAUCAGCAACACCUGAUCUGAACUCCUGCCUUAAUCCUUCUCAGCCACUGAGGUUGUACCGAUCUUGUGGCCAGAGGACGUCAGUGUGUUCCCUGCUGACCGGAGCCCUGCAAGAGGCCACGGCCGCUCUUGGAGCCCGCUGCCCUCUGCCUUACGUGCUGCCUCAGUGUCCCAACAACCACGGCGUGCUGAAAGAGCGUCAGCUGGCCAACAGUAUGACCAGCAGCAGCUCCCUUCCUCCAAGUGUCAGUGGGAUCAGUAAGGAGCUGGCAGAGCUGCGGCACCUCAUACAGUUCCCUGAGGAAAUUGCUUGUAUCCUCACAGAGCAAGAGCAGCAGCUCUACCAACGGGUCUUUCCCUUGGAUUACCUCUGUUUCCUCACUCGAGACCUGGGCAGUCCUGACUGUCAAAACAAACGCCACCCAAACCUGAAGUGUUCGCUGUCUGCACCUAACAUGCCUACCCAGAAUGCUCAGCGGAGUAAUGCAGUAGAGGACCUGGUGGCGCGCUUUAAUGAGGUGAGGAAUCUGCUUUUACUGUCUCGUAAGGUGCUGAAGAUGUGGCAGUUUAUGGACCAGUCAGACAUCGACACCAUGAGAAGCCUAAAGGAUGCCAUGGCUCAGCACGAGUCUUCGUCUGAAUACAAGAAACUCGUGACCAGAGCUCUGAACAUCCCAGGAUGCAAGGUGGUGCCAUUCUGUGGAGUUUUCCUUAAGGAACUGAGUGAAGCCUUAGACGGAACAGCAAGCAUCAUCAGCCUUAAACCAUCUCCGGACAGCACAGAGGGCUCUAUUGAGUUUGUGUCCGACUACAGUGGCCAGCACAACUUUAUGUCGCGGUCGGGUCCAAAUGGCCUUCACGUUCCAGAGAAGGAAGCCACGGUCAACAGCAUCCUGCAGAUCAUCAGAUCCUGCAAUCGUAGUUUGGAAACGGAAGAUCCUGACGAGGCCUCCACCAGUCCCUCCUCCAUUGGACCGUCACCUGCACUGAGGAGCAACUCUCUCAGGGAUCGUUGCCACAAUCAGUUCAUGGUCGGGGACUUGUCCGAUUCAGACGGUGACUUGUCGUGCGAGACAGCCAUGAAGGACGUCGAGUUUCAGGGCACUGAGGAGACGCACCAGGCUUUCAGCCACGGCACUGAGCUCAUCCCCUGGUAUGUGUUGUCGCUACAACCGAACAUCCACCAGUUUCUGCUGCAGGGCGCCACAGUCAUCCACUACGACCAGGACAGCCACCUCACAGCUCGCUGUCUGCUGCGACUCCAGCCUGACAACACAACACUUACCUGGGGUAAGCCUCAGAGUGGAGGAGCUUCCCCCUCAGAUCAACCACUGGGAUUAGGACAGACCGUAGUGGCAGGAUUAGCAGAGGGACUGCUGGACCUGGGAGUGCUGAAGGCCGUGUUUCUGGGUCACCAGGGAGUGGACGUCCAUGCCGUGUGUUUGCAGAACAAGCUGAGCCAGAUGACGGUGGAGGAGAAUGGCCUCAGCCUCCUCUACGGUCUCAGCACCACUGACAACAGGCUUCUGCACUUCGUGGCCCCCAAGCACACGGCACAGAUGCUUCAUAAGGGCCUGUUAGAGUUGGUGAAUGCAACCAGGAAACUGAAGAAGUUUCCCGACCAGAGGCUGCAGUGGCUGAGGAGGCAGUACGUCAGUCUGUACCAGGAGGACUGCAGGUAUGAGGGCCCCACACUGGCCCAGGCCAUCGAGUUGUUUGGUGGCCGCAGAUGGAGCAUGAGCACAAGUGGGAUGGAGAAAGCCGGUGCCCAGAAAAACAGCCCGCUGAGCAACGAUAAGGCCAAGAAGAAGAAGAAAGUCCUCGUCAGGGGAGACAGUGGAGAUGCCACAGAUGAUGAGAUGGUUUCCAGAAAAACACGGAGCUGCAAGGACGGACUGUAUCGGAACGGACCCGAGUCGGACAGCAUCGACCAAGAAGAUCCAGAUGACAACUUCCCAGGACCAUUCUCGCUCUCAUCCAAUAAGAGCCCUGGAUUGCUUGCCUCUUCGUCCUCAUCUUCUUCUUCCUCCAGCAUGGCAGGGUCCAGUCAGUCCCGCCCACAAUCCUCUCCAAUCCUUUCCGGAACCGCUAAGUCACAGCCAGGGGCGUGGAGCAGCAGGUCGUGGCACGGCCGAGGUAAAGGCUGUUUCAGAGGCUUCCAGAACCUCAUGAUUUCUGACAGCACCAUGAGCUUCAUCGAGUUCGUUGAGCUCUUCAAGUCGUUCAGCAUUCGCAGCAGGAAGGACCUGAAGGAGCUGUUUGACACCUUUGCUGUCCCCUGCAGUCGAUCAAGUUCAGAGUCGGCACCUCUCUACACCAACCUCCGAAUAGACGACAGGGACACGGGGCUGCAGCCAGACCUCGACUUGCUCACCCGCAACGGUUCUGAUCCCGGCCUGUUGAUUCGGACGAGGCAGCAGAUGUCCGACAACCAGAAGCAGAUCUCGGAUGCCAUCGCGGCGGCCAGCAUCGUCACCAACGGCACGGGAGUGGAGAAUGUGUCACUCGGUGUCUUGGGACUGGCUCUCCCCCAGCUCAAUGACUUCUUAGUCAACUGUCAGAGAGAGCACCUGAGCUAUGAUGAGAUCCUCAGCAUUAUACAGAAAUUUGAGCCCUCAUCAAGCAUGAGACAAAUGGGCUGGAUGUCAUUUGAAGGUUUUGCAAGAUACUUGAUGGACAAAGAUAACUUUGCCUCUCGUGAUGAGGAGUCCCAGGUGGACGAGGAAGAGCUGCACUAUCCUCUCUCCUACUAUUACAUCGAGUCUUCACACAACACGUAUCUGACCGGACACCAACUCAAAGGAGAGUCCUCUGUCGAGCUUUACAGUCAGGUGCUGCUGCAAGGCUGUAGGAGUGUUGAGUUGGACUGCUGGGAUGGAGAUGAUGGGAUGCCUGUUAUUUACCAUGGACACACGCUCACCACAAAAAUCCCCUUCAAGGAUGUGGUGGAAGCAAUAAACCGGGCUGCGUUCGUCAAUUCUGACAUGCCAGUCAUCCUGUCCAUAGAGAACCACUGCUCCCUGCCACAGCAGCGCAAAAUGGCCGAGAUAUUCAAGACUGUGUGUGGCGAACGCCUUGUGACACGCUUCCUCUUCGAAGGUGACUUCAGCGACGACCCUCACCUGCCGUCGCCGCUGCAGCUGCGUGGGAGGAUCCUCCUCAAGAACAAGAAGCUCAAAGCCCACCAGGCACCAGUGGACAUUCUCAAACAGAAGGCCCACCAGCUGGCUCACAUGCAGGCCCAGGCCAGCAAUGGAUCGCCGGGGGUCACUUCACCUGGCAACCACACAAAUGAGGAAGAGGAGGAGGAUGAAGACGAGUACGACUAUGACUAUGAGUCUCUAUCAGAUGCUGAUGUCCUCACAGCCUCUACCGCCUCUUAUGGCCUGGAAGAUAACAUACUGGAUGACAAGCCAGAGGGGAAGAGCUCGGCAGACAAAGAAGAGCAGCCUGUCGACGAAAUCCCGAAGAGAAUGAAGAAGGGUGACAACACCACACAGAGCAAAGGAAAGGUGUUCGACAUGGAGCUCGGCGAGGAGUUUUACCUCCCCCAGAACAAGAAAGAGAGUCGACAGAUUGCCCAGGAGCUGUCGGACCUUGUCAUCUACUGCCAGGCUGUGAAAUUCCCUGGCCUGUCCACGCUGUCUCCAUCAGGCUCUGGCAGAGGGAAGGAUCGCGGGAAGAGCAGGAAGUCCAUAUUUGGCACGGCUCCCACCCGCUGCAGCACAACGGGGGAGAUCACAACUCUGAGCCGCACGCCUGGGAAAGGUGGCGCAGAGCGGCUGAGUUGGGAGGAGCAGCAGACGUCCCCCGUCCUCAACCCGCCCACCUCUCUCAGCGCCAUCAUCCGCACGCCCAAGUGCUACCACAUCUCCUCCGUGAACGAGAACGCCGCCAAGCGCCUGUGCCGGCGCUACUCACAGAAGCUGAUCCAGCACACUGCGUGCCAGCUGCUCAGGACUUACCCAGCAGCCACCAGGAUCGACUCAACGAACCCAAACCCUCUGCUCUUCUGGCUGCACGGGAUUCAGCUGGUGGCGCUCAACUACCAAACCGAUGAUCUGCCGAUGCAGUUGAACACAGCUUUGUUCGAGGCCAACGGCGGCUGUGGCUACGUCCUAAAGCCAGCUGUUCUGUGGGACCGUGGCUGUCCACUUUAUCAGCAGUUCUGCCCAAUGGAGAGGGACGUGGAGAAGAUGAGCCCGGCCGUCUACUCCCUCACUAUCGUCUCCGGUCAGAAUGUGUGUCCCACUAACAGCACUGGCAGCCCCUGCAUUGAGGUGGAUGUUCUGGGCAUGCCAGUCGACAGCUGCCACUUCCGCACCAAGCCCAUCCACCGCAACACCCUCAACCCCAUGUGGAGUGAGCACUUUCAGUUCAGCGUGCACUUUGAGGACAUGUGCUUCUUGCGCUUUGCCGUGGUGGAGAACAACAGUUCCCAGACGACUGCUCAGAGGACUCUGCCCCUGAAAGCCCUCAAAGCAGGUUACAGACAUGUCCAGUUAAGGACGCAGCAUAAUGAGUCACUUGAAGUGUCCAGCUUAUUCAUCUGCAGCCGCAGAACAGAGGAAGGUCCUGCGGGGGGCGCCACUCCCUCUUCCUUGCUGUUCAGUGCAGAGGAGAAACACGCCGCCCAGCAGCACCGGGUGACGGUGCAUGGAGCUCCUGGUCCUGAACCCUUCGUGGUGUUCUGUGUUACUGAGCAGACCACUGCCAAGCAGCUGCUGGACACGGUUGUGGCAUCCACGGGAAACGCAGCGGACCACUUCCUGUGCGAGGAGAGGGUUCCUCUGCUGAAGGAGCGCAGCGAGGUAAAGCGAUGUGCGCAGCAGCGACCACUAGCGCCCGAGGAGGAGGUGGUGAGACUGGUCUCCAGCUGGAACAGCGAUGAGGGAUACGUCGGGAGGAUUCUCCUCAAAACAAGAGAGGAGAACCUGAAUGAGAAGAACACAGCGGUGGACAGAGAGGAGGAGGUGACUGUGGGAAGCAGAGAAGGAGCAGGUGGAGGAGGAGGAGGAGGAGGAGGAGGAGAAGAUGACAUGUUCUUUGUUCAGGUUCAUGAAGUUUCACCAGAGCAGCCUCACACUGUGAUCAAGGCCCCGCGCUACAGCACUGCUCAGGACAUCAUUCAGCAGAGUCUGUCAAAAGCCAAGUAUUCCUACAGUAUCCUCUCAAACCCCAAUCCGUGCGACUACGUCCUGAUGGAGGAAGUGACCAAGGAGACGGGCUCGAAGAAAUCCUCCGCCGCCAAGCCUCUGCAGCGCGUGCUGCUGGAUCACGAGUGCGUCUACCAGGCGCAGAGUCGCUGGCGCGGCGCCGGACGGUUCAUUCUUAAACUCAAAGAGCAGGUUGUGCGGGAGGACAAAAAGAAGGUAAUGUCCUUCGCCAGCGAGCUCAAGAAGCUGACCAGUCGCAGUCGCAGCAUGACCACUGGCAGCGGAGUGGACGGUCCUGCCCAGAGGUAUCUGUCUGCGGCCGCAGGCCUGAGGGCGUGGGUGGCAGAGGGCAGGGUGGGGGCAGGGAGGUUCCUACAGUCUGCUUCCUCCUCUUCCUUUAGGGGGCAACUCCAACCUGUCCAUCUGUCCACCUCGUCUCUGACCCCGCUCGUCUGGAAGCUCCACCUCCUCAGGAACUGGAAGAUCCACAAAUGAAUUUCCGGGAAGGAGAUGAAGGACAGAGAGACUUGUGCUGACUACUUCUACACGUGACGACGUUCUCCUUCAGCAGGAGAGGUUUCAUUUAGGCUCUGACACACUGAAGAAUAUCUCCUCCAUGCCCUGAGGGAGUCUGACGCUGCCUUGUGUUAGUGGAGCAGGUGGAGGACAGAGUUCAGGUGGCGCUCUGCCUGGUCGAGUGAUGGGAAUCCCGCCCAGCGUCACUCUAGAUGGCGUCAGUGACGGUUGGUUGUU